AUGAGUGGCAAGGUUUCGAUCAGCUUGGACAAAAUUCUGGUCAAGUUUGCUUACCAGAUAGAAAAGAAUCACAGUGCUAAGGAACAUGUGGACCAUCAGAUAAAUUCGUACACUGCAGAAAUCACAGAAAAAAAGAAUGAAAUUGCUUGGUUGGAGGCAAAUAUAAAGAAAAGCAAUGAGGCAAUUGCUGAUUUGCAAAAGCACAACGAGAACAGCAAGAGGCGCUGUGAUGUCUGGAAGUCCACCUAUGUAAUUCUUAAAAAGCAUGGAGAAUAUUUGAACAAGGAAAUGAAAGCUUUAGAGGAAGCCACAGAAACUGAGAGGAAAAUAUAUGAGGAUUCCAUAACCCAGUGUAGGAUGAAUUUGGAGGAACACCACAAAAAAUAUACAGAAACUGCUCUGGCCCAGAAGUAUUACCAAAUAAAGGAAGAAGUUGAAGAAAUUCAAAAGGGAGUUUUGAAAUGCCUUGAAAAAUACAAAUGGAAAGAAGAUGCUUGCUUGGAUAUUCUGGAGGCUGUUCCUUUUGCAUCCAUAAAUAAUUGGGCUGUACACAUUGCCUCCAUGAGGAAAAAAAUACAGGAAACCUUGCAGCUUGCUGAAGCUGCUGCACAGGAAACCAUCAAACUGGAAAAAGAAGCUGAAGAAUUACAAAUGAAAUUUGACUGUUUAACAAAGAGCAUCAAAGAGACUAAAGAAGAUCAAAAUAAAUCCGAAAAGAUUGAAGGAAAAAAUCAGAAAAGUCUUGAGAAGCCAGAACUGUUUAAAGAAAGGGUCUUUGAAGAGCGUGAACGCCCAUCUUUGCCAAAGGGGAAACAUCAGCUGUUUAAAACAUUGCAUGUCCCAUGUAUUCCUCAGAAAUUUGUCCAGUCUGUACAGAGUUUUAGAUUCUCAAAGCAAAGACCAGAAACAGGGAAAGAAGAAAAAGAGAAAUCAGUGGAACUUUCAGUGGCCACCAGCAGCUCCUCUAACCUUGCAAAAAAUUUAUCACAGCAAGCCAGGAGGCCAAACAUGUUGAUGAAGAAGCAGAUGAGCACAUGGACUGUUUGUAUGUACCUCAACAUUCAAAAUUUAGAUUGUGAAGAAGGAACAUCAAAAUCUCCUGCUUUCUUUUCUCACAUGAACUUCACCCAGAAGUCACCUGGCUUCAAUUUAUUUGAUUCUUCUCUGUUUGGAGCACAAAAUUCAUCUGAUGAGACAGAGGAAAAUUAUCCUAUGGGAAACCUGAACUCUCUGUCCUCACAUGAAGAUAUUGGAAGCUUCUUUGGGAAACCAGAAAAUGAGGAUGCAUUUGCCUUUCCCUCCCCCUCGGAAUCAACUUCUCAUGCAUUUGGAGAUGGAAAAGAUGAUGUUAGUUUUUCAUUUGCAUUUGGACAGGAUCAGAGAUCACCACAGUCUCCUUCUAUGAAAGGUUUUCAUUCUUCCACACAAAAUACAAAGCCAUUUACAUUCUUUUGA